AUGCUAUUGCAGUUAUCAAUUUAUGCACUCACUUUGUUCCUCACCAGUCAAAUUUAUUCCAGUGGUAAACGGAAUAACCUUAUUUACAGCAAUUCAUUAUACACCAAUCGUUCUAAUCUGACCAAUUAUUACUCCAGAUCGUACCACACACUACCACUUGAUGAUGUUAACAAUGACCCAUCGAUUAUGGAUGACUACUCUCAUUCAAAUCUUAACUUCAACUGGAAAUCGAGUACAAGUAAUAAGAAAACUGAUUGGGCUGAGAAAAGACUUAUCAAGGAUCUAUUGUAUGAUUAUGAAAAAGAGUCUAGACCAGUUGUUGAUGGGCUGACACCAAGAGUACACUUUACAGCAACACAAGUAGCACAACAAAUUACUGUUGAAUUCGGUUUAGAAUUAUUACAAAUAUUAGACUUAGAUGAAAUGGAUCAAAUUCUUACAACAAGUGUUCGAUCGUUGUAUAAAUGGACUGACCACAAUUUAAUUUGGAAUCCCAACGAUUAUGGUGGUAUUGAUUCUGUAACUAUACCUGUAGAACACAUUUGGAUACCUGACAUUCUAUUGUACAAUUAUGCAGACGAAAGACUUGAUGAACGAAGACCUUGCGAUGCAAGGAUUGGUUCAGAUGGAAGUGUUCUAUGGAAUCCAAUGAGUAUAUUUAAGAGUACAUGUUCUGUUGAUAUUAAAUAUUUUCCAUUUGAUCGACAAAAAUGUGUCCUUAAAUUUGGACCAUGGAGUUAUGAUGGAUUUCGAGUAAAUAUUUCAUUUUAUGAUGGUGAAAGAAACUUCCGGAUGCUAAAUUAUAUCACUAAUCCUGAGUGGAAUAUAUUAAAUUCAAGUGCUGUAUUCACAGAAAUCUCAUAUCCUUGCUGUCCAGAAAAAUAUCCUGAUAUGACAUUUCAUGUGUGGAUCAAGCGUAAAUCAGCCUUCUAUACAUAUAUCUUAAUUAUACCAAGUAUUCUGCUAUCGUCACUUACAUCUGUUAUCUUUUGGCUUCCACCGCAUUCACCGUCAAAAAUUGUUUUGGCAAUGAAUGUAUUUGUUGCAUUUCUACUGCUUCACCUUCUGCUAGAAGAUACAACACCAGCAGCUGCUAGUAACUUCCCAUUACUUGGUGCAUAUUACUGCUUCAAUAUGGGUGUCAUCACAAUCUCAAUGUUUUCUGAAACUGAACAACCGCCAAAAUGGUUAAGAAAAUUCACCGCUUUCAUCGGUUGGAUACUUUUCAUUAAUAUUGAUGCACUUGAAUUAUCCGAAGAGAUAAUGAACUUAAAAAUAAGCUCUUGCCUAUCUGAAUCAAGAGAAAAAUCAUUUCAGAAGUCACCUUCUAUGAAUACUUACCCCAAAAGAAUAAAUCAUUCAAAUAUUCAAGUUAAUCAUAGUUUAAACGAUUUAUCUCAAAGUAUUUCAUCAAACCAAUUGAAUUAUUCAGUGUCUCAAUCAUCACCAUCAUUAUCAGCUCAUGAAUGUCCCUGUAAGAAAAUAACUCAACAAAAUUAUUUCAGUUAUAAUGAUAAGUGUGCAUUUUAUCCAGUUCAGUUAAAUGUCUCAAAAUCAUUCGAACUUCAUACUGAAAAUAAUCUGUCAAUUGAUAACUAUAAUCCUAGUUUGAACCAACCAUUUAUCAUCACUGAAAAUAUUGAUCAUAAAACUAUGAAAUGCUCAGAAUGUUCAAAAUUAAGCAAUAACUGUGUAUGCUGUCGCUCAAAGGGAAUAUGUUCGCCUAUAUGUCAUCUUAACCCCAAUGAUGUAUUUCUUGGUCAGAACAGACGUCAGUAUAGCGUAUCAUCUAAUACUGACGCAUCAGAUUCACCUUAUUCAUUACCAAUAAAUAUUUGUUCACAAGACAAUAAAAUUAUAACUUGUCAAUUAAAUGAAAGUGAUGUUGAGAAUACAAGUCUCUUGAACCAUCGGAACAUUGAACAACAUUCACAAUAUCAUCACCAUCGUAACCAUUGUAUAGAACACUUUACUAAAACAUCAAUUCCAUUUAAACAAAAAUUUGAUGGUGAUAAAAUGAUAGAUGAAUUUUCAAAAUCUCUUUAUUGGAAUCAAUCUACAUAUAAAACCAAGGAAAAGGCCCUGAAAAAGAAUAAGAGAAAUAAACUCCUACCUUCAUCUAUUUCCCGUUUACAAAAUUAUUAUCCAUUUAACCUUGGUACAAUGUCAGGGCUAAGUCAAAAAAACCGUCAAUCAUUAAAGCGUAUUCAAAAGGAUAUUAAUUACAUAUCAAAGGCAGCAAGACAAUUACAAGCUGAAUUGAAGGAACGUGACUUGAAAGAAAGAAUUACUGAACAGUGGAAAAUAGUUGGUAUUGUAUUAGACAGGAUAUUUUUUAUUCUAUACUUUGUAACAAUUCUUCUAUCAACUUUAUUAUUUCAUCCAACAUUAAUUGAUGAUUACGUGGAUGACUGA